AUACAUACAGAAUAAAGGUUCAUCAAAAUUUUUCGGAGUUAAACAAUUAUUUUACUUCGCAUAGUAUUAAAUUAACAUGGUCACACGAUUGCACAUUAAUGAGAAAGAUUUAGUUAAUCGAGACGAGUCCGAGUUACAUUUCAUGCCAUGUAAAAUUCAUGGAGAUGAAGCUGCGAAUGUUUCCUCCUUUUUUAAGCCUUACAUUCGUAAGCUAGACGAAGAAUAUUAUGAUUGUUCCUUUCGUGGCUAUCCGCUUCAAGGGAAAAAAAUAACUGUGCCUGCUGGAUACAGAGGCAUAAUGUUUAUGGAGAAUAAAAAGACAAACACAGAAAAUAAGGAGAGGAAUUUGUAUUGCACAGGAACUUUUUCACAGUUAAUGUAUUGGAAUUAUGAUAAAAUACCAACUAAGAAUGAUGCUUUUGUGGCAGCAUUAGAUUGGGUCGACAUAGCUAAAGUGUUACAUUCACCAGAAACAUAGAUGAUACCAGAAGCAGAUUAUUUUAAUAAGAUAUAAAAUAAAUAUAUGUUCUUGUCAGA